AUGUACGAGAUCCUGCCUCCCCGCGUCCCCCAAGCUUGCAUUUUCGCCACCACUAACAGCGUUCAGGAGCAAUCUACCACAGAUAUUUGGCAGUGCAUUUGCGAGUGCGUCCGGCGAGUCGUGAUUGACUCGAAUGUCGAUCCAAGCCUCAUUAAAGGCAUUGGUUUCGACGCUACUUGCUCGCUUGCCGUCUUUUACGCCGACACGGAUGAGCCCGUACCCGUCACUGGCCCAGAGUUCACCAACGAUGGCCAGGACCGCAACGUUAUUCUCUGGCUCGACCACCGACCCGUUGACGAGACUGAAUUGAUCAACAGCACCAAGCACAAGCUCCUCAAAUAUGUUGGUGGCAAGAUGAGCAUCGAGAUGGAGAUCCCCAAGAUUCUUUGGCUCAAGAAUAAUAUGCCUGCAGAACAGUUUGCCCGCUGCAAGUUUUACGAUUUGGGCGACGCGCUUACCCACUUGGCCACUGGUAAUGAGGCCCGUAGCUUCUGCAGCACAGUCUGCAAGCAGGGAUAUGUCCCUAUCGGCGUUGACAAUAGUGAGAAGGGCUGGCAGGAGGACUUUUUCGAGACCAUUGGCCUCGAGGAUUUGUCCAAGAACAACUUUGAGAGAAUGGGAGGUGUUCAUGGUGUGAAUGGAACAUAUUUCAGCGCCGGUGAGUCUGUCGGCACAUUGAGCCGCCAGGCCGCUUACCAGCUGGGUCUUCCCAUGGGCAUUGCUGUAGGAAGUGGCGUCAUUGAUGCCUACGCAGGUUGGAUUGGUACCGUCGGCGCCAAGGUCGACCUCGGUGAUGACGAACUCAAUGCCAAUGUGCCUCACAACGAUCUUUCACAGGCCUUCACUCGCUUGGCUGCCGUAGCAGGUACCUCAACUUGCCAUUUGGCCAUGUCCAAAGACCCUGUCUUUGUUCCUGGCGUUUGGGGCCCAUAUCGAGAUGUUUUGCUUCCUGGCUACUGGCUGGCUGAGGGUGGUCAGUCUGCCACCGGGGAGCUUCUGCGACACAUGCUGGAUAUUCAUCCGGCGUACAACGAGACUUGCGCGCUCGCCAAGGCCGAGGACAAGCACAUUUACGAUUUCUUGAACGCUCAUCUGGAGUAUAUGGCCUCGAAGCACAAUGCUCCUGGCAUUCCUUAUCUUGGGCGGCAUCACUUCUUCUACGGUGAUUUGUGGGGGAACCGGUCUCCAAUCGCUGAUCCCAACAUGAAGGGAUCAAUGAUCGGCCUUGACAGCGACAAGAGCACCGACAACAUGGCUUUAUGGUAUUAUGCCACCAUGGAAUUCAUUGCCAUGCAGACCCGUCAGAUCAUUGAGCAAAUGAACACGGCCGGCCACGAAAUCUCAUCCAUCUUCAUGUCCGGUUCUCAGUGCCAGAAUCCCGUGCUGAUGAAUCUGCUUGCCACAACCUGCGGCAUGCCAGUCCUUAUCCCACGAUAUGUUCAUGCUGCCGUCGUCCACGGAGCAGCCAUGCUAGGUGCCAAGGCAGCCAGCCACAACAAAGAGGAUGGCUCCGAGCCAGAGACCCUCUGGGACAUUAUGGACCGCAUGAGCAAGCGCGGCCGGUUGGUCGAGCCGGGUACUGAUGCUGGUGAGAAGGCGCUUCUCAAUGCUAAGUACGAAGUCUUCCUGGAGAUGUGUCAAUCACAGCAGCUGUACCGCAAGAAGAUCGACAAGGCCGUUGAGAAAUGGAGCGCCGAGUUUGGUGGCGACUAG